AUGGCGUCUAUCAAUGCUCUUGCUCUGACUGUGUUAGAGGUGCUGACUCUCAUUGUGGGUAUCUUGGCUAAUUUUUUUAUUGUCAUCACCAAUCUGGUGUCCGCUCGACGGAGUAGAUCCCUUCCUUCAACGGAUCUGAUCAUUACCAGCUUGGCCUUCUCCAAUCUUCUACUGGAGUAUUUUAAAUCAUUUUGGUUGAUAUCAUACCUUUUCAAGCUUCGCUGUUACUUGGGUCAACUGGCAUACAAUAUCAAUAUCUGCUUCCUUCUGUUCACGUGUUGCACAAGUUUUUGGUUUACAGCCUGGCUCUGUAUCUUCUAUUGCAUCCGAAUAGUUGAUAUCAGCAAAAAGUGCUGCAUCCGUCUGAAGGAGCAUCUCCCACGCCUUGUGCUGCCUUUCCUUUUGGGGACAGUAGUAGCAAGUGGUGUGGUGAGUGGACCCAUCCAUCUCUAUGUCAGAUUUCCAGUCCCAAACAAUGUAACGGACUUUGAUGACUGUGAGCGUUACUUUGCCCAGCCAAUUAACUAUACAAUUUAUUUUGCCUGUUAUACCUUUUUGGGAAGGGGUGUGCCCCUGGUACUGAUGGCAGGGGCCAGCUUUGCCAUAGUAUUCUCACUCUGCAGGCAUGCCAUGCGGAUGGGUAACAGCAGUACUUCAAAUUCUGGAAAUGCACGUUCUGAAAACCAGAUAAGGGUUACGAAGAUUGUGACCUCAUUAGCUUUCCUUUAUGCCUGCUGUGUCCUCUUUGUCCUUAUAUACAGCUAUCAGUCCAUUAUGAAUGGCAGCCAGCUUUUCCUGGUUACCAUUUUCUCAUUCUCCAUCUACACAGCUGGAUGUCCCAUUAUACUGAUCUUAGGUAACACUAAACUGCGAAAGACAAUGAGCAACCUAUGCACUCUGAGAUGCAAUUCGAACAAUCUGAACACUGAGUAG